AUGCCCCAUGAAUCCGAGGAGGCGGGGAGUAGGGCUGCCGAUGUUGUGGUUGUAGGAGAAAGGGCGAGUGAUACCUCGGACUCCUAUCGCGCCAAAUCGGCACUAACCUCCUUCAAGGCGAAAGCUUCGCCGUUGCAAGUUAGAUUGCUCUCGCUAUGCCGGAUCGGUCGCUACCACCUCCAAGGCGGAAUGCUUCUACCGUUGCAAGAUAGAUUGCUCUCGCUGCGCCGGAUCAUCCACUCCCACCUCCACGGCGGAAUGUUUCGCCAAUACAAGACAAAUUGCUUCGCCGUAUCGGGCGGCAUGGGAAAGGGAAAGCCAAGACAAUAG